AUGGUUGGCGCAUUUAGAUCUUGUUCGCCGGCUGACGACAAAGUAAAUUCUAAAGAAAAUGAGAGAGAAUCACAUAAAAAUUACAGUUCGAUUCCCGUUCUUGUUCAAAAAAUUCCUUUGAGAAUAACCCAUCGUGUAUCAAACUUUGAAAGAAAAAUAAAUGCAAAACCUAGACAAUUGAGAACACUACAGCAUUGUCCUGAAUACAUACAAAUGGAAAAUCAAUCGUUUCCAGUACCUAAAUCACUGUUUAUUAACAUAUGUAAUCUUAAGAAAACGAAAAUUCGAGUUCCAGCUUCAGUGGCGUUAGAAGCGGAUUUAUACGCUUCAGAUAUUGACAUAUGUGUUGUGUCGGAAACCCAUUUAAACAAUAAAAUUCCAGACUCCGUUGUUGCAAUAGCAUCAUAUAACCUAUACCGUAGAGAUAGAGACUAUAAUGCAGAUACACGAAAAAAUGGAGGAAUAGCAGUAUAUCUUCGACAGAACUUGGAAGUAAUUCGUGUCAUUCGGGAAACAAAAUUUGAAAUGAUUAGUAUUAAACUUAUUCUCCCAACGAGACAUAAAAUGUUAGUUAUUGGUGCCUAUCACCCCCCAAGAUUUAGUUAUAAUAAAACAGAUUUUUUGAAGGAAGUGGAAGUUGUUGACGAUUUUUUAGACAUUAACCCAAAUGGCUUAGUUCUCUUUGGUGGAGACAUUAAUCAUCUAAACCUUAGUCAACUUUCCACAAUGUCUGGCAUGUUGCCUUUGGUAGACUUUCCCACUAGAGGGCAAGCAAUUCUUGAUAACUGUUUUACAAAUAGACCGGAACUUUUCAAUAAAGCAUACCCAUUGCAUAUACAAAUGAAAACAGACCACUUGGGAGUCAUAAUCCAGGCAGGAAUAAAAUUGAAGCACCUCCGCGCUAAGAUCAACUUUAGGGACUGCAGAGCACAGAAUAAAGUCAAAUUUCAAAAGAAGCUUGCCGAGAAAAGUUGGUCUGAAGUUACGUCAUUGGAAACAGUUGAAGAAGCAACUAGAGUAUUGGAGAACACUAUCCAUAAUAUGAUAGAUCAAUGUUUUCCAAAGAAAACAGUUACUCUUUACACUCGUGACCCUCCAUGGAUGUCUCGACUCUUAAGGUAUUUAAUAAGAAAAAGAUCAAAGGCUAAGUCAAGAAGAAAGUUAUCUAUUGCGGCAGAGUUAACAGAACGAAUAUCUGGAAUAAUUUCACAUAAUCCAACAAAAAUGGCAAAGUCCGAGUGUACUGGCACAUGUCAAUCGUGGAAAAACGUUGACUUUUUGUCACAUAGAAGAAAUCGAGCACAUAUUAUACUUGACAACGAGUUCAAAGAAAACUUGAACGGUUACUUUGGAGAGUUAUGUUGGGAUAGAGACUAUGAACAGCCAACGUUGAUGGAGAUAGAUUCAAUCACAAUAAAAGCUCGUCAGUUUAGCAAAACACAGGUCAAGAACGCUUUGUUGAAAAUAAGGAAAACUGCAAGAGGCCCUGAUGAAAUCCCAUUUUGGGUGUGGAAAGAAAAUGCUGAUGUAUUUGCACCUGUUAUGACCAAGAUUUGGAAUGAAUCUCUCUCUACAUCCACAUGGCCUACCUCUUGGAAAAUUGCUCAUAUAAAUCCUUUACCAAAAGUCAAGAAUCCAAAGGAAUAUUGUGAAUUUAGAGGGUUAAACGUCACACCUGUGAUUGGACGAUACUUCGAAAGAAUGGUUUAUCAUUAUCAUAGUAAAAGAUCUUUCGAGGCUGAGUUAUCAUCUUCCCAGUUUGCUUAUCGAAUCGGUGGGUGUAGCACAGACGCCUUAAUUAAAUUACAGUAUAUGUAUCUGAAAGCACUAGAAGAACCCAAAUUGUGA